UGUUCCCAUCUCCCACAGUCAUGGCGGUGUCGGGGAGACGCGAAGAUGGAGUAAACACCACCACUACUACAUCUUGAUUUUGUUGCUCUGAGCUUCAUGCUGGACUGUACCUGUCGUCAUCCCAUAUAUCGCAAACAUCCCGCUGGCUGCUGUGCUUCCAACGAUGGCCGACCGCGGCGUUGAUCUGUCGGCUCUGCCUAAAGAGGUCAGGGACCAGCUGGCGGAGUUGGAUCUGGAGCUAUCCGAAGGUGACAUUACACAGAAGGGCUAUGAGAAGAAAAGGACCAAACUCCUGGCUCCCUACAUCAUCCACACUCCAGUGGAGCCGCCCCGUCAGAAUGAUGUGCAGCCCGCUCCCAGUUCCUCCUCCAGCCACGCCCCUCCCCCCUCCAGCUCAUCCCGUUACAGAGAACGUCGCUCCCGCAGAACACAUCGCAGUGGAGGAACCAGGGAUGACCGCUACAGAUCAGAUAUCCAUUCUGAAGCAGUACAAGCAGCCCUGGCUAAACAUAAGGAGGAGAAGAUGGCGCUGCCCAUGCCUACCAAACGACGCUCCACUUAUGUCCAGUCUCCCAUUGAAACCCGCACACCACCAGACUCCUCAUCCGGUUCUGAAGAUGAGACGUCUGCGCGCAGGCAGUCAUCAGUCAUUGCUCCUCCGCCUGCGGUCAAUCCCAACCUGCAGAGCCCGGACUCCUGGAUCAACCGCACCGUCCAGGGCUCCUCCACCUCCUCCUCGGCCUCCUCCACCUUGUCCCACGGAGAGGCCAAGCCGCAGCCUCAGAGCCAGCCUAAGCCUCAGCCUCAGCCUCAGUACAAGCCGCAGUACCAACCUCUGUAUCAACCUCAAUACCAACCACAGCAGCAGCAGCAGCCUCAGCCUCAGCCUCAGCCCUCAGCCCACACCGCAGCUGUGACGGACAUGCUGGCCAACAGUCGCAUUGCCCCCUCAGGGAACAGCGCCCCUCCUCCAGAUGUGACAGCUGUGGCCCCUCCAUCCAGAGGCCCACGGGUCGACCUGCCCUCAAACGCCGUGCGAGGGAUGAGCCGUGGGCAGAGCCGCUCGAGCAUGAUGGAGACUGCGGACGGAAGAGGUAAUAUCCAGAGAGUUCCUGUGAGCAGCAGAGUGUCCACUAAGAUUCAGCAGCUGCUCAACACCCUGAAGAGGCCCAAGAGGCCCCCGCUCAGCGAGUUCUUCACUGACGACUCAGAGGAGAUCGUAGAAGUGCCCCAGCAGGACCCCAACACACCCAAACCAGAGGGCCGUCAGAUCAUCCCGGUGAAAGGGGAGCCUUUGGGCGUGGUCAGUAACUGGCCCCCAGCCUUGCAGGCAGCAUUAGCCCGUUGGGGGGCCACUCAGGGGAAGAGCCCCGCCCUCACUGCCCUUGACAUCACUGGCAAACCGCUCUAUACACUAACUUAUGGGAAACUGUGGAGUCGCAGUGUGAAGCUGGCGUACACCCUCCUGAACAAGCUGGGCACAAAGAAUGAGCAAAUCCUCAAACCUGGUGACAGGGUGGCACUGGUGUACCCCAACAGUGACCCUGGUAUGUUCUGGGUGGCCUUCUACGGCUGCCUCCUGGCUGAAGUCAUACCUGUACCUAUUGAAGUACCGCUGUCUCGCAAAGAUGCAGGAAUCAGCCAGGUGGGGUUUCUGCUCGGUAGCUGUGGUGUUGGUUUGGCUCUGACCAGUGAGAUCUGUCUGAAGGGUUUACCCAAAACACCCACUGGAGAAAUUAUGCAGUUUAAAGGCUGGCCUCGACUCAAGUGGGUGGUGACGGACUCAAAAUACCUGACCAAGCCUUCCAAAGACUGGCAGCCGCACAUCCCCACCGCCAACACUGACCCUGCAUAUAUAGAGUACAAGGCGAGUAAAGAGGGCACAGUGGUCGGUGUGGCUGUGUCUAAAGUAGCCAUGUUGACCCACUGUCAAGCACUGACACAGGCCUGCAACUACUGUGAAGGGGAAACUUUGGUGAAUGUCCUUGACUUUAAAAAGGACAUGGGCCUGUGGCAUGGAGUUCUCACGGCUGUGAUGAACAGGAUACACACUAUCAGUGUUCCCUAUGCAGUAAUGAAGGCAUGUCCUCUCUCCUGGGUACAGAGGGUCCACAUCCACAAAGCUCGAGUUGCUUUGGUGAAGUGCCGUGAUCUACACUGGGCCAUGAUGGCUCAUCGGGACCAGAGAGACACCAGUCUGGCUUCAUUACGAAUGCUGAUUGUUGCUGAUGGUGCUAACCCCUGGUCGGUAUCCUCCUGUGAUGCCUUCCUGAACGUGUUUCAGUCCCACGGGCUGAAACCUGAGGUCAUCUGUCCCUGUGCCACCUCCCCUGAGGCUAUGACAGUAGCUAUACGCAGACCGGGAGUACCGGGCGCACCCCUCCCCGCCCGUGCCAUUCUUUCCAUGGGCGGCCUGAGCCAUGGUGUCAUCAGAGUCAACACCGAGGACAAGAACUCCGCCCUGACUGUACAAGAUGUGGGGCAUGUCAUGCCUGGAGCUCUGAUGUGCAUUGUGAAGCCAGACGGUCCUCCUCAGUUGUGUAAAACAGAUGAGAUAGGCGAGAUAAUAAUCAACUCACGUGCUGGAGGCAACAUGUACUACGGCCUGCCUGGAGUCACCAAAAACACCUUUGAGGUGAUACCGGUCAAUGCUAAUGGAGUUCCUAUUGGAGAGAUUCCAUUUGUGCGGUCAGGACUCCUGGGGUUCGUUGGCCCAGGCAGUCUGAUCUUUGUGGUGGGGAAGAUCGAGGGUCUGCUGAUGGUGAGCGGGCGGAGGCACAACGCUGAAGACCUGGUAGCUACCGCUCUUGCCGUGGAGCCAGUCAAGACAGUGUACCGUGGGAGGAUCGCUGUGUUUUCAGUCACAGUGUUUUAUGAUGAGAGGGUGGUGAUUGUGGCGGAGCAGAGGCCAGACGCCAGCGAAGAGGACAGCUUCCAGUGGAUGAGCCGAGUGCUUCAGGCCAUCGACAGCAUCCACCAGGUGGGCCUCUACUGCCUGGCUCUGGUCCCGGCCAACACCUUACCUAAAACACCCCUUGGUGGCAUCCACAUCUCUGACACCAAGCAGUUCUUCUUAGACGGCAACCUGCACCCCUGCAACAUCCUAAUGUGUCCCCAUACGUGUGUCACCAACCUGCCCAAGCCCCGCCAGAAGCAGCCCGUUGGUGUAGGUCCUGCGUCCGUGAUGGUGGGCAAUCUGGUGGCAGGAAAGAGGAUUGCCCAGGCAGCAGGCAGGGACCUCGGCAUGAUCGAAGACCAGGAUCUUGUCCGGAAGCUCUGUAUGUGGCCCACUGUGAUGCAUCAGUAUUUGACAGAGGCUCUACAAUGGAGGGCACAGACAGAUGCAGACCACACCCUCUUUGUUCUCCUUAAUGCUAAGGGUGUAACAGUGAGUACAGCGACCUGCGUCCAGCUUCACAAGCGAGCAGAAAAGAUAGCCGCAGCGCUUACUGAGAAAGGCAGCAUCAACACCGGAGAGAAUGUAGUGCUGCUAUAUCCUCCUGGCAUUGAUUUAAUAGCAGCUUUCUAUGGCUGUCUCUACGCUGGAUGUGUUCCCGUAAAUGUCAGACCUCCGCACCCUCAGAACCUGGCAGCUACGCUCCCUACUGUCCGCAUGAUUAUUGAUGUCAGUAAAGCUGCAUGUAUCCUCACCACUCAAGCUCUCAUGAGGACUCUGCGCUCCAAAGAGGCUGCUGCUUCUGUAAACAUUAAAACAUGGCCAACAAUCAUUGACACAGAUGACCUUCCUCGCCGUAGGCCUCCACAGAUCUAUAAGCCGCCCACAGCAGAGAUGAUUGCUUAUCUGGACUUCAGUGUGUCCACCACAGGCAUGCUCACUGGGGUCAAGAUCUCUCAUGCAGCAGUCAGUGCACUUUGUCGCUCUAUAAAGCUGCAGUGUGAACUGUACUCCUCUCGCCAAAUAGCCAUCUGCCUGGAUCCGUACUGCGGUCUGGGCUUCGUCUUGUGGUGCCUCGCAAGUGUUUACUCAGGUCACCAGUCCGUCCUGAUCCCUCCCUUCGAGUUGGAGAGCUGCUUGUCUCUGUGGCUGAGCACGCUCAGUCAGUACCGCAUCAGAGACACCUUCUGCUCCUACUCCGUCAUGGAGCUCUGCACUAAAGGACUGGGCACUCAGACUGAGUUACUCAAGGCCCGUGGGGUGAACCUGUCGUGUGUGCGGAGCUGCGUGGUGAUAGCGGAGGAACGCCCUCGACUUGCACUCUCACAUUCCUUCUCCAAGCUGUUUAAGGACAUCGGGCUGUCGUCCAGAGCUGUCAGCACUGCUUUUGGCUCCAGGGUUAACCUGGCCAUCUGCCUGCAGGGCACCACUGGUCCUGAUCCCUGUACAGUUUAUGUGGACAUGAAAUCCCUCCGACAUGACAGAGUGAGGCUGGUGGAGAGAGGAGCACCUCAGAGCCUUCCUCUAAUGGAGUCUGGCAAGAUACUGCCAGGUGUUCGAGUGAUAAUCGUGAAUCCAGAGACCAGAGGUCCACUUGGUGAUUCUCAUCUCGGAGAGAUCUGGGUGAACAGCCCUCACAGUGCCAGUGGUUACUACACCAUCUAUGGAGAGGAGAGUCUUCAGGCCAACCACUUCAACACCAAGCUCAGCUUUGGAGACCCGCAGACCUUAUGGGCCAGGACGGGAUACUUGGGUUUUGUGAAGAGGACUGAGCUGUUGGAGGCCAGUGGGGAUCGGCAUGACGCUCUCUUUGUGGUGGGCUCACUGGAUGAGACCUUGGAGCUAAGAGGGCUGCGCUACCACCCAAUCGACAUUGAAACCUCAGUGUCCCGGGCUCAUCGCAGUAUAGCUGAGAGUGCUGUGUUUACGUGGACCAACCUGCUGGUGGUGGUGUCAGAGCUGUGUGGUUCAGAGCAGGACGCGCUGGACCUGGUGCCUCUGAUAACCAAUGUGGUCCUGGAGGAGCACCACCUCAUCGUGGGUGUGGUGGUUAUUGUGGACCCCGGGGUUAUACCCAUCAACUCCAGGGGAGAGAAGCAACGCAUGCACCUUCGUGACUCUUUCCUCGCUGACCAGCUGGAUCCCAUCUAUGUCGCUUACAACAUGUAAGGAGGUUGUGGGAGUCUGGGCUUGUUCAGCCAUCAUCCACAGUGUGGUUGCUUCUGCACCGUCACCCCAGCACUCAACUAUGGCUUUGGCAGAGGGUGAAAAGGAAAAGCAUGAACCUCAUGAACUGCCGCCCAGCUCUUUGUGACACCAGCAUAUCUUGGCCACUGCAUGUCUGUGAUUGGACCUGCCAUGUUUGGAGUUCUUCACUGUGUUUUAUAGAUAGCAUUUUGCAAAUGGGACAGAGGCAACAUGUACUGCAUAUGGCAAAGAAAAAAAGGCCCUGUUGCACUUUUUUAGAAAAGGGGCAAAACAACACCCACAACAGGACCACUUUUGAAAUCAACUCUAUAUUAAUGUCUUUGUGAAAAUCUGUCGUCUUAUUCUGUUUCCACCACAAACCUCUUAAAACACUCUCCCCUCUGUGUUUACACAGAUUCCAAGAGCUACUAAACUUAAAUCAACAACUUGAAAUAUUUUCUACAUGCAGCUUUCAAACAAACGCACACAAACAGCAUGCGCCGAGCCCUCGUCGUUCCUCACUAACGUGGAUGAAUAGAACAGGGCAGAUGAAACCAUUAUACAAGUAGCCAGUCUCAGUCGGUGCACAUUAUUUAGAAAGCUUAUUUUAUCCCAUUAAUGAAGCCAAAUACAUCUUCACGACUUUCCUGCCCUAAUAUAUUUCCUGCCUUACAAAACUUCAGCCAUACAUUCCUAUCUUAAUUUUUAAUGAAUCUGUUAUUGAUGGCUGUGUAUUCUCCUUUGGUUUGGACAAGUAGUGGAAAUCCUGACAGAUAUCCAAAGGGAUCAAAAUAAAAGAGGAAAGAGGCCAUAUUCUGUACUGUACCUAUAAAGGCCUGUUGUAUUUUAAAUACUGUACGUUACUGUAUAGAUAUUUUUAAUUGUAUAAAUGUAUAAAUGCUUGACUUGUCUCUCUCAGUUGAUGGUUUGUUGAUCGUUAACCCAGCUGAGGGGUGAUAACUGUAGCAGAGAGAGGACUGUAAAUAAGAUUUAACGGUUUUGACAGUACUUUUGAAACGGAAUACUAGUUGUAUAAUGGAGGGUAAAGAUGAUUAAAGCAUUGUUAGUCAGGAUAGAUAUAACACUGCACUUUCUCAAAAAAAAAGUCUAUUUUAUUAUAACAAUGAGGCAUUAUAACUAAUGGUUCAGGAGCAUAUAUUAUUCUGAGGAUUCUUGUUUGAAGAGCUUUGAGAGUUUACCGGGAGGGCUAUCACUGUUAACGCCAGGGAACUGUCCUGGUUAUUGGGGGGGGGGGGGGGGGGGGGGGG